AUGGGACAGCCUAUGGAAAUCCAUCCAUUACGUGGAAGUUCAAUUGAUAUUCAUCCAAAUGCUCGAUGGCAACAGAAUGGUAUCACUGUAGCUGGAGGAAAUCGGCAAGGCAAUGGAAUCAAUCAACUCUCUUACCCAUGGGGUUUGUAUGUUGAUGAUGAUCAAACAAUCUAUGUUGCUGAUCGAGAGAAUCACCGUAUUGUGGAAUGGAAAUGGGAUGCAACGAGUGGCCAAGUGGUUGCAGGUGGAAAUGAACAAGAAAGUGGAGAUCAUCAAUUGUCUUAUCCAAGAGAUGUGAUUGUCGACAAAGAGAGAGAUAGUCUCAUCGUCUCCGAUUAUUCGAAUAGAAGAGUGGUUCGAUGGCCUCGUCGAAAUGGAACAAGUGGAGAAAUAAUCAUCUCCAACAUCGAUUGUUGGGGUUUGACAAUGGAUGAGAAUGGAUCUCUCUAUGUCGUUGACGCUGAAAAUGAUGAAGUGAGACGAUAUCGAAGAGGUGAAUCUCAAGGAAUAGUGGUUGCAGGUGGCAAUGGAAGAGGAAAUCGUCUCAAUCAAUUCUCUUUUCCACGAUACGUAUUCGUCGAUCGAGGUCAUUCAGUAUAUGUGUCUGAUGAGGGAAAUCAUCGUGUGAUGAAAUGGAUGGAAGGUGCAAAACAAGGCAUUGUUGUGGCUGGUGGUCAAGGACAAGGAAAUGAUCUUACACAAUUGUCAUAUCCUCGAGGAGUCGUUGUCGAUCAAUUGGGCACUGUCUAUGUGGCUGAUCAAUGGAAUGAUCGAAUCAUGCGUUGGUCCAAAGGAGCCACACAAGGAAGUGUCAUUGUUGGUGGAAACGGUAGUGGAGGACAAUCAAACCAACUCAAUGCGCCCAUCGGUUUGUCAUUCGAUCGAGAUGGCAAUCUCUAUGUCGUCGAUUCGAGAAAUCAUCGAGUACAAAAAUUCAAUAUCGAUUCAAACAAAUAA